AUGACCUCCUCCGCGUCGUCCAUAGCCUUCGCGAAGGGGACAGCAGGAAGACCGGGCGAGAGGCAGCCAGGGUCGACACCAAAGAUCAGGUUACAGAUGGUAUCGAAAGUGAGCCGGAGGAACACGUCCUGCAGGUCAACGACGGUGCCCUUUUCCGCCACAUGGGCGAGGAGGGGGACGAGCCCCUUCUCAACCUUGUCAUAG